UGGUCAUGAACUGUUGCCGUUGUCGACCAAGGAGGUUAUUCCUGUGCGGGACCCGACGUUUAUUCUCAGCACUCCUCACUAUUUUUCACACGUGUUGCUUGCGGGGGAGAAUCCAAAGUUUGGGUUGGUGAUCCCCCUCGCGCGCGAUGUGCCGUUGAACCCCGAGUUUUCCUUGCACCGGGAUACGAGCUCGGUCACUGCUCCCCAACAAAAACCAGCCACAGCAGGGGGUGGAGCGGGUACGACGGAUGUACCGGCUCAGCCAGCAAAGAAACACAAGAUUAAUCGGUUUAUAUGGCUGGCGCGCGUCGAGUGUGCGCGGUGGGGUACUGAAUGGUUUAUUGAGGCCGAGGGUACCAAGGAAGGCCGCGAGUUUAUCGAGCAUGCGCUUCAAGACUCGAGGAAUGGGAUCGAACGGACUUGGGAGGUUCUUUUGCUCUCUGGAGGACUCUUUUUCUACGGACUAAAUCACGCUUCAUCCUUUUUGCAUUGCAUCAUACACAAAUCCAGCAUGCUGGAUAGUAGUAUUCGGAUAGCUCUUCUUUCCGAUGGCUAUCCCAUACCUCCGCGUACGCAAUUGGCAUAUAGGGUGGUAAACCUUCGACCCAGCAUCCACUCGACAUUCUUGGACCCUAGUGGACUGACCUUGCUUGUUUACCCCUUUAAAAAAAUCUUGGUUAAAAUUAUGGAUCCUCUUCAGGCUGCACUUUCGUCUUCUUUUACCGCACAAAACGUACCCAAGGCGUCACCUAGUACGACUUCUCCAACGUCGGGGUCGCAGGCGAACCCUGUCAAGGAUGGUGGGGCUGCCGCGACGUCUCGCGGCCACACCAGCGCUCGGUCGAUCGAGGGAGUUGUGUUGUUCUUCUCGGUCGUACCAUGCCACUCCGUGUUGGAAGAGGAGCGUCGAGCUGCAAUGGACGACUCGUGGAAACAUGCGUAUGACGAGCGGCUAAAGGAGUGGAAAGCGGAUAAUGCUGCGCGAAGGGAACAGAGCGAGAAGACGCGCGGGGAGUGGGAGAAGCGGAGGAGUCAGGAUCUCGAGGCGAGCUAUUCGAUGCCACCGAGUGCUGCUCAUUCGAGUAUGGCGAGUAGUUUUGUGGAUGCGAGGGAUUUGGUGGCGGGUGAGGGUGAGGGUGGACAUGGCACUCGAGCUCUAGAC